ACUAAAAAUGCAAGUUCUAUAAACAGGAAUAUAAAGCGUUCUGGGCUUCCGUACCAUCGAGUGAAUCGGUCUCCGGUUGGCUUUGCGACAUUCUCCGAUUCAGUGGACCUUCAUCAUAGUGCCGAAAGCCCCUCCACAAAAUGAGAAGCCAUCCCGAGGUUCUUUGGGCUCAGAGGGCAGACAAAGUUUACCUGACCAUAGCCCUAACCAAUGCAAAAGACAUUGCAGUUAAAUGUGAGCCCCAUGGAUUAUUCAACUUCUCUGCCAUUGGAGCAAAUGAUGAAAACUAUGAAGUCAGUUUGGAACUUUAUGGAAACAUCCUACCUGAGGGCUGCAAAACCCAAAUGGGGUUGAGGAAUAUACUGUGCACUGUUCAGAAAGAGGAGAAAGGUUGGUGGAAACGUCUCUUGAAAUCUGAUCAAAAACCUGCUCCGUAUAUAAAGGUUGAUUGGAAUAGAUGGUGUGAUGAGGAUGAAGAAUCAGUUAAAGGUAGUGAUGAUGAUGCCUUGAAGUAUGCCAGUGAUGAUGAUGGAAGUAGUGGCGAUGACGGAAUGCUAUAUCUUCCGGACUUGGAAAAGGUGAGAGGAAUCUAGAGAGAGAGAGAGAGAGAGAGAGAGAAAAAAAAGGAUAAUACCUGAGAAGUAAGUUGGUGGCCAGAGCCAGAGCCCACUGCUUGUCAAAUCACACUGUUUGUUGAGUUGAAGGUAGGAUUUGUGGCUCCCUUUUGUGGCCUGGACUUUGACUUGGCCCACUUUCGUACUUUUGCAACGUCUAGGCUUACAAAUUACAAUAUCAUUUAAACGUUAUCCUGAAGUUUAACCCCAUAUUAUUGUGAGACUAUUUUCAUCAAAAAAAAUUACUAUUUACAAAA